GCAGUCAAAACAUAGUUUUCAAUAGUUUAGCUGCAUUUUUAAUAAUGUUUCGAACAUAUCCUUUAAAGUUUUUGUUAGGAAAGAUGCCUACCAAGUCGAAGAUUUCAGUACGUAAUUAUAUUCCUAGAAGGGCCUUGUUGUACGUACCAGGCGAUGACAGGAAAAAAAUUGAUAAAGCCUUGGGCUUAGACGUAGAUUGCAUAGCUUUAGAUUGUGAAGAUGGUGUUGCAUUAAAUCGAAAGGUGGAAGCUAGAGCAACUAUUCGUGAAUUCUUGGAUAAAGGAAAGCCCAAGGGUCCAACUAAGUUCGAUUUAGGCGUUAGGGUGAAUUCUAUCGAUAGCGGACUUUGCCAUGAAGACUUGGUGUCUUGCCUUGGUGGCAGUUUUUUACCCGAUACAGUUCUUUUACCAAAAGUUGAAAGCAGCGAACAUGUGCUUUGGUUUGCAGAUGAAAUAAGCCACCUAAUUAAAGCUGAGGACAGAAUAAAUUUAAUAAUAUACAUAGAAUCUGCACUAGCAUUUAUUAACUUGGGUGAUAUAUGUAAGACUGCUAAACAAUUGUCGAAACGGUUUAGUUUUGAACUUGUUGCAUUGGUACUGGGUAGCGACGAUUUACUAGCAAAUUUAGGGGCGAUAAGAACUGAGGAUUCGAAAGAAAUUUUGUAUGCCAGGCAGAAGUUAGUGCUCACAGCGAAGGCAUUUGAUUUACAAGCGAUAGAUAUGGUGUAUAUUAAUUACAAAGAUUUAGACGGCCUGAAAAAGCAGUGCGAGGAAGGAAUGAGGAUGGGAUACACAGGGAAGCAAGUGAUUCACCCUGGGCAGGUUCCGGUUGUACACGAAGCAUUUUUACCCACCAAAUCCCAAGUGAAUUGGGCCGAAGGGCUUUUGAAGUCAUUUGAAGAACAUCAGAAAUCUGGAAAGGGCGCAUUUACGUACAGGGGAAGCAUGAUCGAUAUGCCUACCAUGAAGCAAGCUCAGAAUAUAAUGAAAUUAGCUAAAUUAGGUAAAUAAUUUUUUAUUUAUGAAAAGCAAUCACAGUGAUUUCCCACGUGUAUGUGAUAUAUUUGAUGUGCAAAAACAUUUGUUUAAAAAAAAAAAUUUGCUUCAUAUUUUUAAAAACAUUGUGGUUUCUCUUUUAAAGCGUUAAA